AUGUCACAGGUGCCUGAGACUACCUCCACUCCAGCGAGUGCGGGCGCCUCGGCCUCGGGUGCCGAGAAAAAAGCGAGAUCAGGGGAUGGAGCAUCUACUUCAACGCCUAAACUCCGCAGUUGCACCGUCUGCCGGAGCCGAAAAGUCCGAUGCGAUAAAUUGUCGCCUUGUACAAAUUGUCGUCGAGCGGGCAUCCCCUGUGUCAUCCCCUCGUCAGAUCGCCCACCAAGAUGGGCUCGCCGUCUUCAACGUCCCGUCACUGGCGACGUUAUGGAAAGACUUCAUCACCUUGAGAAUCUUGUCAAGGAAUUGAAUGGCCAGCUGGAACAGGCUAAUUCUGUGAAGUCUCCCACUGCUCUCUCUUCGCAGCCUCCUAGGAGCUCCUCGCAAGACCAAAGCUCGAAGCAUAGGCUUGUAGAUUCCCAAAGUCCAGACGUUCAAAGUCAGUUUGGUAGACUAGUCAUUAAAGAGUCCAAUCAGAGUCGCUAUGUUGGUACCGGAUUUUGGUCCAAGGUCAACGACGAAAUCGAUCAAUUAAAGAUGAGUACUCGAGAAAAGUUAGUAGAGGACUCUACUUCUUCGGAAGAAGAGACAUCGAUGUCCUCUCAAAACACUCCAUCUACUUUGGAGCUUGAAAGAUCGCCUUCCGAACGACAUGCAUUCCUCUUUCGGCACAACUUGCACUCUUCUACUUCGGAUCUCCGGGAAUAUCAUCCUCUGCCUUCCCAGAUACCUUUCCUUCUUGAUGUGUUUGCAGCAAAUGUCAAUGCUUAUGCUCAAGUCAUCCAUCUUCCGACGGUCACGAAGAUGAUCCGUGAUCUUCGCGGCGAUAUGACACGACUAACCCCUGCCAACGAAGCCUUGGUCUUCUCCAUAUACUACGCCACCGUCACUUCCAUGGAAGAAGAUGAUAUAAACAUCAAUUUUGGCACGACAAAAGCCGAACUGAAUCUGAAGUAUCGUCUCGGCCUCGAACAUGCUCUUGCCAAGGCGGACUUUCUCAACAUGCCGAACUUAGUAUUGGUGCAGGCACUGACCAUAUUCCUUUUCCUCGUGCGUCGGCAUGACAGUCCCACAUUCGUCUGGAUGAUGACAGGUAUAGUGAUUCGGAUGGGUCUGGCCCUAGGCUUACAUCGCGAUGGAUCCAAUUUUGCCCAUCUGACUCCGUUCGAAAUUGAGAUGCGACGGAGAGCCUGGGCUUGCUUGGUGCUAAUAGAUACGAGAGCAUCAGAAGACCAAGGAACUGAAUUUACAAUCGCUAGUGGAAGUUACGAUACGAAAAUUCCCUCAAACAUAAACAAUGCAGAUAUCAACCCAGAGACCAAGGAUAUGCUCCCUUCUCGCGACGGCUUAACCGAUAUGACACUCUGCCGUGUCUUUUUGGAAAUAUGCAACGUUUCAAAGCGGAUGUUGAGUCAAACUUCCAAAGCGCUGAGCUUAGAGGAACAAGGUCAAUUGGUGAAUGAAAUCUACGAGAGACUCGAAACCGAGUAUAUCCGGUACUCAGCUGGCUCAGAGUCGAGCAUCGAAUAUUGGGUUGUUGUUACCUCUGGACGGAUUGUCAUGGCCAAAAUGACACUACUCGCCUACUUGCCUUUGCUCUUCUCCUCGCCAAAGGAACACCUCGCAGCAGAGAUCAGGACCAAACUGUUGAUCGCCGCGAUCGAGGUCGCCGAGUACAACCACGCGUUGAAUUCCGAGCAAUCAUGUCGUCAGUGGCGCUGGAUCUUCCAGACAUACACCCAUUGGUACUCUAUCGUUUACAUCCUCAUUGAGAUUUCGCGACGUGCCUGGUCUCCGAUUGUUGAACGGGCCUGGAUUGCUCUUCACAGCAUUUGGCUGAUCCCGCCUCAAUCCCAUGUUAAUAAGAACCUCCGCAUCUGGUUCCCUUUGCGGAAACUGAUGGCUCAGGCAAAACGCCAUCGUGAGGCGGAGCUAGCUCGUUUGAGGGGUGAUAUUAGUGCACAAGCCCAGCUCGAAGAGCAGGAUCGAAAAAUACCUCUGCCUACGAGUCCUGGACCCUUUCCAGCGGGAUCUGAUUCCGCUAGGCUUUUCCUGCAACGGUGGCGUGAGUUGGUGCAGGUAGAGCAAAGAGACAUGGGCAUCAAUAUCGACUCGGCAAAUCUUAAUUUGGAAUAUGGAGGCUCUAUCGACCAAAAUCUCUCUAAAUUGACUUUCGCAACCUUGGAUUCAGGUCUAAAGUAUGAUUUUCCGGUACAACAUGGACAAAAUGUUGACUCAACACUGGGCCUAGACAACCGGCUUUUCGACUCAAAUGUUGUCCCCUGGCUGAUGAAUGAAGAGGAAUUUGGGAAUUUAGACGUUGAGUUGGAUGUCAAUAUGGAUUUGGAUGGAAACAUUGACUGGUAUAAUUGGGUGGAGUCUGCAAAGGGUAUGGAGCUGGACCCGAGUCGGCAAUGA